AUGGCCUUCACAGACCUGCUGGAUACCCUGGGUGGCGUGGGCCGCUUCCAGCUCGUCUACACCGCUCUGCUGCUGCUACCCUGCAGCCUGCUGGCCUGCCACAACUUCCUGCAGAACUUCACAGCCGCCGUGCCCCCCCACCACUGCCAGCACCCCACCAACCACACUGCCACCAACGACUCGGGGGCCUGGCUGAGGGCUACUGUCCCCCUGGACCAGCACGGAGUCCCUGAGUCAUGCCAGCGCUUCACAGAGCCUCAGUGGACCCUUCUGAGACCCAACACCUCUUUCCAGGGGGCGGCCACGGAGUCCUGCAAACACGGCUGGGUCUAUGACCUCAGCGUUUUCCCCUCCACCAUCGUGACAGAGUGGGACCUGGUGUGUGAGGCCCGCACCCUCCGCGACCUGGCUCAGUCCAUCUACAUGGCCGGGGUGCUGCUGGGGGCCGCAGUGUUCGGCAGCCUGGCAGACAGGCUGGGCCGCAAGGCCCCCCUGGUCUGGUCGUACCUGCAGCUGGCAGUUUCAGGGGCCGCCACAGCGUAUUUCGGCUCCUUCAGUGCCUACUGCGUCUUCCGGUUCCUGAUGGGCAUGACCUUCUCCGGCAUCAUCCUCAACUCCCUCUCGCUGGUUGUGGAGUGGAUGCCCACCCAGGGCCGGACCAUAGCAGGCAUCUUGCUGGGCUACUCCUUCACGAUGGGCCAGCUGGUCCUGGCCGGUGUCGCAUACCUGAUCCGCCCCUGGCGGUGGCUGCAGCUUGCUGUCUCUGCUCCUUUCCUGAUAUUUUUCCUGUAUUCAUGGUGGCUGCCGGAAUCAUCCCGAUGGCUCCUUCUUCACGGCAAAUCCCAGAAGGCUGUGCAGAACCUGCAAAUGGUAGCUGUGAUGAAUGGGAGAAAGGAAGAAGGGGAAAGGCUGACCAUAGAGGUGGUGCGCUCCUACAUCCAGAAUGAGUAUGCCAGUGUCCUCACCUCCAACUCCAUCCUGGACCUCUUCCGAAGCCCAGCCAUCCGCAAGGUCACCUGCUGUCUCAUGGUGGUCUGGUUCUCCAACUCUGUGGCCUACUACGGCCUGGCCAUGGACCUGCAGAAGUUUGGAUUCAGCAUCUACUUGGUACAGGCUCUGUUUGGGAUCAUCGACAUCCCAGCCAUGCUGGUGGCCACCACCACCAUGAUAUAUGUGGGCCGCCGGUUCACAGUGGCCUCCUUCCUCAUCUUGGCAGGGCUCAUGGUCAUUGCCAACAUGUUUGUGCCCGAAGAUCUGCCGGCCCUGCGCACGGCCCAGGCGGCUCUGGGGAAAGGCUGCCUGGCCAGCUCCUUCAUCUGCUUGUACCUGUUCACGGGAGAGCUGUACCCCACGGAGAUCAGGCAGAUGGGCAUGGGCUUCGCUUCUGUCCAUGCCCGCCUUGGGGGCCUGGCGGCGCCCCUGGUCACCACGCUCGGGGAGCUCAGCCCCAUCCUGCCGUCUGUGGGCUUUGGUGCCACCUCAGUUCUGGCCGGACUGGCGGUCCUCUGCUUCCUGACGGAGACGCGCAACCUGCCUCUGGUGGAAACCAUCGCCGCCAUGGAGAGGAGAGUCAAAGAAGACCUUUCCAAGAAGGAUGCAAGCAACAAGAGUGAAGAAAUUUCUCUUCAGCAGCUGGGAGCCUCUCCCCUCAAAGAAACCAUCUAAGCUGCCAAUAGCCUGGUGCCAGCUGGCUCAGCCUGGUGCAGAUUGUUUCUGGGGCUUCCCCUGGGGUCUGGAGUGAGGUGGAGGGACAGCUGGGACCUGGUCCACUGAAUGACACCAGCGAAGAGCCGCCCCCAGGCCCGGGAAGGCCCUCAGAAGGAAGCCCAGCCCUCCGCAUUCACAAAGGAGAAAGCACCUUUGGGCUAUAGCAGUGAAAGUCCUGUUUUCCUCUCCUCCAAAUCUGCCCUGAAACCUCCACUUCCUCUGCUUCCGGAAUGGAGACAGCUGUGUCUUUUUCGGUGUAGGGUGACAUCUCUACCACGGGCUGUCCUUGGAUCAGCCCCACUUGACUUGAGGAACUUUCAGAACUCAUUCUGUUCCACCCAUUUGGAAAAAGUAAAUACUCCUUGGCUUGGAGCUUGCGUGUAUCCUCUUUAGGCAAAUGUCUCCACAGAAGGACUUCCUGCUGAUUUUUUCCCUUUUUUGGUGGUGGU